CUCAAUUUCUGUUCUGUUUCUCCGUAGUGUGAAAGUCGUGGGGAGCUGCUGGUCUCUCUGUCCUACCAGCCUGUUACUCACAGGCUUAAUGUGGUAGUCCUUAAGGCCAAACACCUGCCAACCAUGGACAUCACUGGCCUGUCAGGCAACCCUUAUGUUAAAGUGAAUGUCUUCUACGGCCGCAAGCGCAUAGCCAAGAAGAAGACGCAUGUGAAGAAAUGCACACUCAAUCCCGUUUUCAAUGAAUCAUUUAUCUACGAUGUUCCCGCUGAGCUAAUGCCGGACAUCUCUGUGGAGUUUCUGGUCAUUGAUUUUGACCGCACCACGAAGAAUGAGGUCGUGGGUCGCCUGGUUCUGGGUGGUCAGAGCCCCAUCCCAUCAGGGGUGACUCACUGGAGGGAAGUCUGUGACAACCCAAGGCGGCAGAUUGCCAAGUGGCAUAACCUUAUGGAGUACUAGUGUCUGGCAAACACAUGGGGAAAGCAAAAUGUAUUCCUUCCUUCCUGUCAGCCCCUCUAUAGAAAGAAGCCCAUUUAACAGUCUCUCCUUUUCCCUGUACAGAUAGGUGUAUGAGAGGAUAAGUAUGUGUGUCAGGACGUAAGUCCAGGAAAAGACACUUAGAAUGUUCUCUAAUGAACUCGCAGCAAAAUAGACUCAUACGUAAUAGCAAAAAAAAAAAAAAACAAGAGGAAAAAAAGCAAAAAUAACCACGUCAGUGUGGUUUUUGGCUCUGAUUAAAUAACACUAAAGUCAAUUAUAAGAGAAUUAUACCCAUAUGAGAGUUAUACCACAGUAUCCUCAGAGCCUUUUACCAGUAUACCGGCAUAUUCACAGUAUACAUACACUACUUUCAAUUAGCCGCAUGCUACAGCUAGUGAGAUACUUUUAUUUUUAGGAUGAAGGAGGGUUGUAUGAAAAAAUGAGUUUUAAAGUCCACUUUUUAAGAAAAUGGGGUGAAUGUUUUGAUAGUGUAGGAUAAAAAUGGAUGAAAAGUGAUAUAUAAACUGGCAUUUUUGCUAACAUGCUAAUAUUUACCACAGAAGACAAGGUUGAAAUAUGGCUAUUAUUCAUAUCCAGCUAAAAUGUAAUGCUUAAUCUUUUAAUGACGCUGAAAUUGAGAUGAAAAUUCUCUGGAGAAAAUAAAACUCCAAAUGCCAGUUAAACAAAACCUGAUGUUAAGGCAGUUUUCAGACGACCACCAAAUGAAAAUUAGAGACCGUCAGCUCAGGAUUAAAAAUGAAUUUGAUUCAUGAAAACACUCUGAUGUUCCAUAAAGUAAAGACAGUCUACACUUUCCCUGUUUUUAUGCUGUAGCUGCUUUAUUUAUUUGUAGCUGUACUUAUACAUUACUGUUCAUUUCUCCGUCUUGAUGACUUGGACAAAGCACUUCUAUGACCUAUGUGUUGUCGGCGUAUCUCAACAUAUCUACUAUUCAUUGAUUUAAAUUACAUUUUGUUUUCCUUUAGGCAUAUCUAUGCACAUUUCCAUUGUACUGCAAAGGAUGUUUUGACCCAGUUGCUGUGCUAUACCAUAGCAUAGAGAUCAGGGAAGGUUUGGUUAAAAACGUUGGAGGGAAACACUGAUAAAACAACAGUAAAAGCCAAAUGUGACAGAUAUUAGUAUAUUUACGUAUUGUCAAAUUUGUACAUUUUACAUGUACUGUACCUAACAUCACAGUUUCUAUUGCCAUCAAACAUGUUUUUAAGGCCACACUUAAUACAACUAAUUCUUAACAUCUUUGGUCACAAUGUACAUAAUGUAUUAUAGGCCGUAACACUGGUACUCUUCAGUUUCUUUUUUCAUAGUACAAUUGAAUAUCGCCAAAUAUACAUUUGAACUUUUUACUUACAAAUGGUGUCUUGGAAAUAACUAGCCCCCCUAGCUUAUUUACUUCAAUAAGUUUGGCUCUAAGCCCGUCUAUCCUCUAUUCUAUGAAUUAUAGAUAUAUGCAGAUUCAGACCAAUUUUUGCACUUUCGUAGAGUACUGUAUUUAUUUUUAUGAUUUGUGUUCAAAA